CCUGACGUCUGAUCUGCAAUGCCUGCAUUUCCAGCUCUUCUCAGGGUCUGACAUGUAUUAUUGACAAGAAAUAUUCUUACUAAAACAGCUAUUCGACGUUAUGCGUUUCAUAUGGUUUUACGAACUUAGCAAUUUUCGGCAUUGAUUUCUGAGAACUCAUUUUUAUCUUGUCAUCUCUUGUUGCGAGCAAAUAUCCCAAGAACGUCUCAUCCGAGCUCUGCUAGCAGGCACAAGGAGGUGCUCUUACUCACAAUGUCAGCUACUGUGCAAGCCAGGUCGCUCGCUUCUGUGACAUGGCUUGCAGCAAAUCCACCAAAAUAUUUAGGCAACUCAAACCAAGCAGUGCAACAACCGCUAAUCCUCUAUAUCGCUCGCGUGCCUGGAAGCAAAGACAUAUUUUUGACUCCUCUGAAACCACGCCAAAAGGUUGUAUCCGCAGAAGAUGUACAGAGUUGUCUGUACUAUGUCCACGUUGACCGAGAGGAAGAUGAAUUACUCUCACAACCUUACGAGCAAACGGACAAGAAAAAAGACCCAAUAACUCCCUUGGAAGAGCUCCAGGAAGAGCUAGACGAGCUUUAUUAUGAAUUCUGCGGCGCUUCCUCCUCAGGAGACCAAGGAACGAUACAGAAUCAGCAAAGAUCGCCAGUAAAACGAAAGCCUGUUGGCGGUUCAGCCAACUCUCCUGCACCGAGUAAACCAAGCCCCCUGGCGCCCCAUGGCGAGAAUCAGACAAGGCGACCUCUAGGGCCGCGUCCGUUUCUUUCUCAGUCAGAGACCAGUAGCUCGCCAUUGCCGUCCGAUUCUCCACCAAGGAUUCAGCGCCGUCCCGUGCGUCCCCUGUCAGAAGACAAUCAUCAUGCCGCAGGCGGUCCUCUAAGCACAUUUACUGAAAAUGGGAAAGAUGAUGCUCUUCUAUCAAAAGACCCGAGAGGAUUUCAGGACGAGCUGCGUGCUGCACAGCCACCAAGUUUACCGCCCAGAAAUGUUAAUGCUCCAGAGGUCGCUCCGCGGUACCCAAUCAGACGCAGCAUAUCAGGUCGACCACAGAACGGCAUUUCCUUGACUCUCAUCCGCCGAGACCCCGGCUCAGGCAGCCAAUGGAAUGUGGGAAGGGUGACGGUGCCAUCAGUAUCUCGUCAGUCGAAACGUGAAAACCUGGCACACAACAUCGAGGAAGGAAAUGAGACCCGACAGUCAAUUGGAAUUGAAAUUACCAAUACAGGGUAUAACAAAUUUGCCCAUCAGGACGAUAGAUUCGCAUCCCCAAGACCAAGCAUGGAACGAGGACUCUCUGGCACAAUCCCUAGAGCUGCCGCCGCAGACGGAUCAGUAAAUAUGCCAACCCCGGGAGACUCGCCAGGCAAUAAUUUCUACCGGACCCUUCAGCUCGAGGAGGCCGAACCGUGGAGGCAGAAAGUAGCAAGCGUGGUACGAUCGAAUAGUCAACGCAAUUCUCUCUCUCUUCCCUCAACUUAUGGCGAGGAUCCCUACGCGCCUCGAGACUCGAGGAGUUUAGAAAACGUGGUGUCCAACAAGAACCGAUUUUCCCACGACUACGCUCGCGAACCCCGAAGAGAUCGUUCUAGUUCUUUCAGCAGGAGCUACACGUUUCUGAGCCCAUGGAAUGGGUGGUGCAGGUUCUCGACCGGCCUAAGCGGAGGAAACCUUAAGUGUCGCCACGACCUCGUCGCAAGCAAUACGGGCGUUCCCAUUUCUUCUACGAUUGUCAGUGAAUUACGCUUCAACCUUCCCAGUGCAGCAGCAGCGAAAUCAAAUUUAUCCUCGCCCACCAAAUCCUUUCUCCCAUCUACUAUGACCGCGUCGGACGCAAGUCAGAAACGCUCCUCCUUGUUUUCGGCCCGUCGACACCGCAAGAGCAACUCCUAUGACCCUAGCAUUUCCCGCCAUCUUGAUUCUUCUUCCCUCGUCCCCGCAGACAGGGACGAGUCUGAGCGCUUGGACCUGUCUCUCGGCCAGGAGCUCGCGGGCGGUGGGUUCGGCGGGAAACAGGCCAAAUUAGGAAAACUCAUUAUCGAGAAUGAAGGAUCGAAAAUGCUCGAUCUUUUGGUUGCUGCCAAUAUAGGGUUAUGGUGGAAGGUGUACGAUCGUUUGGUUGAUCCUGUUGGCUAGAGCUCCCAUUGACGGCUACAUGUCGGUGCAUCAUACCGUUAUGGGAUUUGGAUACUUCAUUUCGAAUUUUGUCCUUGUCAUUUCUAAGGGCUCUCGGUCAAUGGACGCGACAAGGAGAAAAGUGCUCAAGUUCAGAGAGUAUCCCUGCUUGGACAACGGUAUCUUGGGUUCAAGCUCUGAAGAUCGAAGCAGGCGAACCGAACCGGUACAGUGGAUGCGGCCCAUAUUCGACAGAGUUGGGCGCAGGCGGAGCAACAACGCAAGCGAUUUUCCUUGCGGCCGCUUCAUUGACUAAGGCAUUUUGGACAUUGUAAGGCUGGAGUUAUGGAGCCUCAAAUCUCUCGAACACACUCAAGAAAUUAAUAUCCUGCAAUAUAGUUUGUAUUUUAAUGAACCGAAAAAAAGGCUUUUAUAUGAAUAAAGCGAUGAAUCCAACUCCU